GCGAGCCGGAGGCGCGCAGUUCGGGAGCGUCCGCGCACUUGGGAGGUGCGGAGCCGGGGCUCCGCUGCGCGGGCGUGAUGUCCGACAACGAGGACAAUCUUGACGGUGACGACUUUGAUGACGUGGAGGAGGACGAAGGGCUCGAUGACUUGGAGAAUCCCGAGGAGGAGGGCCAGGAGAACGUUGAGAUCCUUCCCUCGGGGGAGCGACCCCAGGCCAAUCAGAAACGGAUCACCACACCGUACAUGACCAAGUACGAGCGCGCCCGAGUGCUGGGCACCCGGGCCCUCCAGAUCGCGAUGUGUGCCCCCGUGAUGGUGGAGCUGGAGGGGGAGACGGACCCCUUGCUCAUCGCCAUGAAGGAGCUCAAGGCCCGGAAGAUCCCCAUCAUCAUCCGCCGCUACCUGCCCGACGGCAGCUACGAGGACUGGGGCGUGGAUGAGCUCAUCAUCUCUGACUGAGUCGGGGCUGGGCUCUGACAGUAAUAAAUUGCCGCCCUGCA